AUGUUUACGGACGAGGAUAGAAUGAUGAAUCUGUAUCUCGACACGUGUCCGGGGUUCGUGUCAGACAGUCUGAACAGGGUGAAGUGGACGAAUUUAGCCUACAAGCAGAUGGUACAAGGUGAUGCUGCGGCGGCGGAGGAGGAGUUGUGGUUGGUGAUAAACAAGGGGGUGCUGCUGCCGGUGGGUUUGCCCUCUUUCACAUGCUGGGUGAAGGUGGUGAAAAAUCCCACCAUUUCUCUCAUGGUUCCAUGUGAUGUGUGGAGAAUGGAGCGUGGAGGGUUUUCAUGGAGACUUGAUGCAAAGACUGCCCUAUCUUUGGGUUCAUAA